UUGUCAUCACCCAGCUGUGAGGAAACAGGAAAAUAAAUAUUAUUAUAUAUAAACUGCGAGAGUUUGCAAAUGUGGACGUCAGUAGUGAAGCCUUGAGCGGAGGGUGGGGAUGGCUGUGGCGCUCCUCUAGGUCCCUCUUUACCCUCACAUGUAGCUCUCCAGUGAUGAUACACAAUGGGUCGAGGAAGGCGUCUGGCCCUGGGCAUAUUUGUCCUGCUGCUGGUCGACGUCAUUUGGGUGGCUUCCUCAGAACUUUCCGAGUACAUCUUCCAUGACACCGGCUUUGAUAAACCAUUUUUCAGCACUUACUUAAAGACCAGCAUGUUUUCUCUCUACUUGCUGGGGUUUAUAUUUUGGAGUCCUUGGAGGCAUCAGUGUAUCCAUAACAACCAUGAUGAGAGUAUUUAUCAGGAAGUGGAUGUAACUGAGGAGGAGGAUUCAUCACUGUCAGGAGAGAGACGUUUGAGUGAGCCAAGUUAUGUUCCACUUAAGCUACAAGAUUCACAAGAAAAAAGUUCUGAUGGAGAGUCUGAUGACUCUUCAGUAAAGUCCGUCCGCUUUAGCAAAUUGACAGAGGUUCGGCAGAUGUCAGAAUCUGAGGCAGUAGAUGCCAUGAUGUCUCGUCUGUCAUUCUCUGCCUCUGUUCGUGCUGAGCAACUGGCCAUGCAAGAAGCAAACAAGUUAUCCGUUAAGGAGGUCAUGAAAAUUUCAAGUAUAUUUUGCUUGCUGUGGUUUGCAGGAAAUUACAGCUACCAGAUAGCACUGAAUGAUAGUGAAGCUGGCAUUGUUAAUAUCAUUUCAUCGGCAUCAGGAUUAUUUACUCUUAUCCUUGCUGCCAUCUUCCCGUCAUCUGUAACGGACAAGUUUACACUCUCCAAAUUGGCUUCAGUUCUUUUAAUGGUGAUGGGUGUGGUUUUAGUGAGUCUGGAAGACAUCAGUCUUGAGAGUUCAUCAGUGCCUAUUGGUGUGAUAUGGUCACUAGCUGGCGCUAUUCUGUAUGCUUGUUAUAUGGUCUUCCUGAAGCGUAAGGUCCCAAGUGAAGAUAGAAUGGAUUUUUCUAUGUUUUUUGGGUUUGUUGGUUUUUUCAAUGCUAUCAUUUUGUGGCCGGGGUUUCCCCUGCUGGAUAUUGCAGGAUGGGAAACGUUUCAGUUGCCAAAUCUUCGGCAGCUGGUCUACAUGUCUAUCAAUGGAUUAGUGGGCACAGUGCUUUCUGAGCUGUUAUGGCUUUGGGGCUGUUUCUUAACUUCGUCGUUGAUGGCUACUCUGUCCCUUAGCCUGACCAUUCCCUUGACAAUGUUUGUUGACAUUUGGCUCAAGGGCAUCAAGUAUUCAUUACUCAUUUACAUUGGUUCGAUACCUAUGAUGGUAUCCUUUAUUGCAGUAACACUUCUCACCCAUUAUGAAAAUUGGGAUCCACUGAUGGAUGGAAUGAAAUGCCUUCAUAGAAAAUUCAGGAGAAGAAGCUUUAUGUACAGUUUGGUUGACACCGAAGGAUUGGAAAGAGAAAGUUUGAUAGUUAAUAGUGACGACAUAGACGAAGGUGAGGAAGAGGAAGAAGAAGAAGAGGAAGAACUUGAUACCACACUCAUUAGUGAUUCCAUUACCGUUAGUAAUACUGCCACAGUCAUCAUUAGUAACUCUUCCAUCCUAACUAAUGAUACUGCCACCCCAACCUCCACAAACAACGUUAAUACCAACCAUGUCUGAUAUCACUGUACAAACUUCACAAAUGUAAACAAAUGUAAUGCUCUUUAAAUGUUUCUUUGUAAGAUAUCCUGAUUCCAAAUUAAUAUCAUUUAAUAAAUGAAAUGUGCUAAAUUAAUAUUUAAGGAUAAAUUAUUUCUAUAUGGCAGCAGUGCUUUCACUUCAUGAAGAUCAGCGAGUGUCGGGUAAUCUGCAGAGAUUGUUUUCAUGACUUUUAGAAACACAGUGUAAGUUGAGAUUUCAGAGUUUAAUAGACUGAAUAGUUAGAGUACUAUAUGUAAAUCAUUGGUACUUAUGCAAACUUUAAAUAAUGAUUACACUUAUUACCAUGAUCUCUGGUCAGAACUAGUCUUAAUUUUAUUAUAUUUUCUUAUGCUUAAAUAGGUAGAUGUGUACUUGUAUGUGGGGUGUGUACUUGUGCAUACAUAUACGGUAUAUGUACAUAAAUACACCUGCCCAUGUGCUCCUAAAAUUUAGUUUUUCUUUUUUUACAUCAAGAGAUGCUCAGAAAGUUUUGCAACUAAUGGUAAAUAGAAUCAGCCAAAAUUUAAGUUAUACUAUCCAGUAAAAUAAGAGAUAUGAAAUGUGCAUUUGAUUUUUUCCAAACUGGCAUGUCUGUGGUUAUAGAACCUUAUUAUUUCAAGCCAAAAUUUAAAUAACAAUAGAAAUAAUAGUCACUUGUGGUCAGUUUUAUUGUAUGGUGGAUGGCUGACCUGUUUGAACCCGAACUAUUGAAGAGUAAGGCUUGUAAAUUGGCAGAAUCUUUUGCAGCUUCACAACAUUAUGCACUAGCAUUCAAUUGCAUCUUUCUCAUAUAAUUUUGUGUAACUAGACCAACAAGUUGGCAUAUUAUUAAUUAGCAGUCAAAGUUUUGUAUACAGUUUGUAAAUUAUCAGCUGUAUCUUAAUUUGUGUAUAUCUCUGAAGAUGUUGACUGUCAUGUUAUUAGCCAAAGACAAGGUAUUCUUGGGGAUAGAGAUCCCCAGUGCUUCCACUGUAAUCAUUUUGUCUUGAACUCAGGGGCCCAGUGGUGAACUCUAAUCACCAGUAAUCUUACGUAACAUAAACUUUGCUGUAUCAUUGCUUAAUAGCAACCCUCUGUACUGUUGCAUAAUAUCUUAGUACAUAAUAGUUUCAGUUCUUCCAGCCUAAAGGCCAAAUUUUGUCCAUAAACUUAAUUCAGGACUCGAAUAAUAUAAUUCUUUCAGCAGCAGGUGAUGUUUGUAGACUGAGUGUCCAGUUUUGCUCACAUCAUCUGUCAGUUAAUUUUCAUUGUUAUGCACUUUUCACCCAUAUAAUCACUAUACUAAUGAAAAGAAGCCUCUCCAACAUGGCAAUCAUGCUUCUAUGUAAUUGCCUUCGUAGUACUCCCAAAAUUUUAACAUGUUAUGCAGAAGCAAUAAUAAGUCUUAGUUUCUGAAAAGAGGCGGAAAGAAUUAUCUACAUAUGGUAGUACAGACAUGGUUAGGCAUAAUUUGGAAGUAUGGUACGGGUUUCAACAAUGGAUACAAACUGCAUAAUUGGCAUUCUUUAACCUUGCAAGUUGCAAAGCAUUUCUCCCCCCCCUUUUUUUUUAAUUCAUGAUUACCACAUAGGUAUGCUAUUUCAUAUAUAAAGAAAAUUAAUACUCUUUUUGCCUUCAGGGAACAUUUUGUUUGAAAUUUUUUAUUUCAGCAGCAGCAGUUGUAAAAUUGUUAUUUUCUCAGGAAACUAAUAAAGUGAAUUGUACUCCUGUUAUCUUCAUGAGGUGAAAGUGUGUGGAGAAUGCAUCCAGUGAGCAGUUGGGGCUGCCAUAUAGUUCAUUUCUAAGUAAGUUUUCAAAAUAGCUAGAGUAAUGGCAGCACUGCAUGACACACAUUUUAAUGCUAUGAAACUGGUUAUCUUUGCCAAUGUUUAGAGCAUAAAGUUUGUUUGGGAAUGAAUAUUUAUUAAAGAUUUAUAUAUUUUAAUUUACUUAUACUGUAUAUUGAUAUUGUGCAAUAAAAAGCUUAUCCUAGCUGUUCGUGCCUCAGGCAUUACACGAAAUAGCUCUUGUUAUUAAGAGUAUUUAUUUAGCAAAAUGCCAAAAUGGAGAACUACACAAGAUGGUUUUGCUCAUUGUGAGCAUUCUCAAGAACAUCAUGUUUAGCCGCCUUCUUUUUUAAGUACUGUAUAUAUUUUUUUUUUUACUAGUCAGCAAUCUUGCCAAUUUUAUGUCGGAGCAUUGUUGGCAGUAUAUAUAUUUAUCUGUUGAGAAUAUGAUAUGACUGUGUAACAGCCUGAAUGUAAGACAAUAAGUAAUGCACAUCAGUGGCAAUUUCAGUAAGUUCACCUACUGGUAGUAACUGAAUUUACCGUAGACGAAGUUCUUAUUGAUCGCAAUUGCAUUUCACUUUCAACCUUGAUUGAAUGCUUUUGAAGUAAUAAAUUAUUUUAAUUAUUAAAUUGUAUUGUAUUUUUACACUUCUGAAGAUUUGUCUUGGUUUUGCACAUACUGGAUAACUUUAGUGUAUUAAAUAAAGCUCAUUUAACUAUCCUCCAAGCAUAUAUUAUUAAGCUCAUGUAAUGUAGAAUCUCAGAACAUCUCUGAUGUUCCUGCCUUUGUUGAAAGCCUAAAAGUUGCCUGAUGUUAAUUUGUAUUUUAUAAACUUAUACAUUUUACAGUAUCAUGGUUCUUGUUAGUGAGUAAAUAUUUAGCCUAAACAAGAGUGAGGGACUGUGUACUUGCCUAGUUGUGCUUGAGCUUUGGCUCUUUGGUCCUGCCUUUCAACUGUCAAUCAACUGAUGUAUAGAUUCCUUAGCCUACUGGGCUCUAUCAUAUCUACAUUUGACACUGUAUGGAGUCUGCCUCCACCACUUCUCUGCCUAACGUAUUCCAUCUGUUAACUUCUCUGACACUGAAAAAGUUCUUUAUAAUGUCCCUCCCUCCCUCCCUGUGCACUUCAACCAUCUUAAGCUCGGUAAAUUGGUAUUUUACAUCAUCUUCACAUACUUCAAAUUACCUAAUGCAACAGAACCUUGGUUACAACUGAAUAUCUAAAAUUUUAUUUUGAUUUUACAUAAUAAUUCCAACCAUUUUAGUAGCAAUUGCAAUUCACUGAACUUAUGGACUACUAGGUGGGGUUGUCAAAUUUUGUCAUGUGCUUGAAUGAGCAAAAUGUGCUGAAAUUAAUUCAAGUUAAUUUCAAGUACUGACAAAUUGAUGAAUAAUGAAUUACUAGGCACUCAAAAUUGAGAUUCUGACUACCAUUAUUACUUCUCUGAAAGGAUAUAGUGCAGUCACUAGAGUGGAAAAUGCAGUUUGAAAACUGAAGGUACUGUUCUUUGUAGAUUGCAAAGAACAGCUGAUCAUUUAGAUAGGAGAGCAAAGGGCUAAACUCUGCCUUUUCAAUACAUGGGGACAAUGAGUCGCAAUAAUGUGGCCGAAGAUAUGAUGACCAUACCACACAUCAGAAAAUGAAGAGACGAAAACGUUUUGGUCCGUCCUGGACCAUUAUUAGGUCGUGUAACAGAGAGAAACAUCGUCGUUUCUUGAUUUUCUUAUGUGGGGUUUAGUCAUCACAUCUUUUCAAUACUUGUCUGCCUGCACAUUUACAGCAUUGAGUUAGUGCCAAGAAUUGGCCUGGGCACUUGCUCUUUUCCUCGUCAUCCAUUUCUUGUACCUGGAUUGUGCCUGGAUGGGGGUUCUGGGAGUUCAGGGCCAGGCUUGACUUGUGAAUAUACUUGUGACUAACCAGCUCUUUUCCAAUGCGAAUGUGUAGGGAGGUUCUGAGUGACACAUGGGCACAUUCUUUCAGCCAUGUAACCAAAUCUUCUGGCUAAUAUCCUCGGUUCCCUCUUCUUCUUUUGGGAGGGGGAAGCACAUCGCCUGUCUUCUUGAGUUCUUGCAUUUAGUGUAGUCUCUGAUGAGCUGUUUUCUGUGUGUGUACAUUUGCCAUUUGCAUGGAUGUGAAUUGGAAGGUUCUGCAUAUUCUUGAGAGAGGAAGGGGGUUGCAGUACACAGAAUUUUAAACAGUUCUUUUGUGGCAAUCCCACCGUGGGGUAGGUGUGGGGGUGGGGACCCCUGCAAGUUUUUAGGUGAGCAAUGAUCAUGGAUUCUGAGCUAUGCAGGUAGUGUCUCAGGGUCUGGCCUAUGUGUGAUUUAUGUAGCGUAUACAUUGAAGAAUAAAGGAAAACAUUGGGGUCCCCCAUUACUGUUGGUACACAGAGAAGCAAUUACUGUGCAUUAUUUAUUAACUUACAUCAGGCUGGUAAAUUGGUAUAUAUAUAUUACAUUACCUACUUUUAACCUUUUUCAGAGCAUGUAAUGAAAUUGUCAUAUAAAAAUCAUCAUUACUCUGAGGAAAAGAUGACAGGUCAUAUUUUAUUGUCAGAUUUCACUUAAUGCACUAAAACAACUUAAAGAGUUGAGGUAAUGUUCAAGUGCAGUUUUUAUAGACUAUGCAGUUUCUCUGGUUUUACAUUCCACUGCUACUAUAUUCUUAAAUAAAUAACCAUUUACAAGUACUGUACUUGAUUAAAAACUGCACCAUUGUUAACUCACUGCACUUGCAUCAUGUAGAUUAUUAUAGGCACAAAGGAAUUAAUAACAAUAAAAAGAAACACAUCCCUAA